GUUUGGUUUUGCAGCCAGUGCGGGACCCAGUGGCUGGAUGCGGCUUGAUAUUCCCAGCAGAAAUUCCUUCGUCCCCCCCCGGCAUCAGCCAUGGCAGCUCCGCAGACCCUGCAGCAGGCGCUGGCUGUGCUGGUUUGCACUUUCCAGCGCUAUUCCAAACAGGAAGGCGACAGAUUCACGCUCAGCAGAGGGGAGCUGAAGGAGCUGCUGGAGAAGGAGCUGCCCAGCCUGGGAGAUGUACAAGCGAAGGAAGGCGCCUUUGAGGAACUGCUGAGCAUCCUGGACGCUAACAGAGACGGGGAAGUUGACUUCCAGGAGUACAUUCGCUUCGUGGCGGUGGCGUGCACCUUAUGCCACGAGUUUUUCGUGGACUCCCCUGUAGUUCUGCCACGUGCACAAUAAACCCACCCCUGCUGGGGCACAGGCAGCUGGUUUUGUGCAGGGCAUGAAUACAAAGCAGGAGAGCAAAAUUAUAAGUCUGGCAGGAACUGUGCAGCUACCUGGGAACCUCGCACUGGGAAAGGUCAUGGUGUGUCAAGGACUGAACUCACGUCUACC